ACUUACGUACAUGUCUAUUAUAUAUUGUAAGAAUUUGAACAUAACCUAUUGAAUGUUCAUGACACGUGAGUAUAGUUGCAAACUAAAUGAGUUUAUUCGUAAUAAACAGAUAUGAAGGUGAGAAAGAAGAAACAGAAAAUGAAAGGAAUCAUUUGUCUGAAUUACUAAAAAGGAUAGAAGAACGUAAACUAGAAAGAGCUGUUAAAAGUAAUUGUCAAACACAGAUAAAUAGGUCUCAAAAUACUCAAGACUUAAAUUAUGAAAAAAGAAAGAGAAAAGCAGAAAAUCUUAGUGAAUGUUCUAUAGAAAAUAUUACUUUGAAUGAAAAUAUACUAAGUGAUGUUAAAGAAAAGAAAAAAAUAUGUGUUUCAGAUCAUAGAAAAAGCAAAAAGAAAAAGAAUGCAGCUAAAGCAUUGCAAAAUGAAAAUACAAACGAUCAGAAUAAUGAAAUAUUUAAUAAAUCAUUAGAUUCAAUUGAAACACAAGAAAAAAUAGCAGACCAAUAUAGUGAUUUUAUAAUUAUGGGUACCAAAAGUAAACAAAAGAAGCAUAAAGUUAAGAGAAUUCUACCAGAAUGGUUGAGUAAUCCAAAAUUAAUGUCUAUUGACUUAAAUAGUGGCCCAACAUUAGAAGAAAUGAAUUUAAUUUUAGAUAUUAAACUUAUUACAGCUUUAAGAGCUAAUAAUAUUAACAAAUUGUUUCCUGUUCAAGCUAAUAUGAUAUCUUGGCUAUUAAAGUGCGAUAAAGAUAGAGAACAAAAGUGGUGGUUAAGAGAUGCAUGUAUAUCUGCUCCUACAGGCAGUGGUAAAACUUUAGCAUAUGUUUUACCUAUAGUUCAAAUAUUACAGUCUCGAUUAGUUCCAAAAAUACGUUGUUUAGUUGUUGCACCUGUACAAGAAUUGGCUGCACAAAUUUACAAAGUAAUGAUUACAUAUAUUUCACAUACAAAUUUAAGAGUUGGUUUACUUUCUGGUGCAUCAUCAUUUUAUGAAGAACAAAGAAGCAUUCUGAGAGAGAAUGCUAGAGGAAAAUAUAUAUCUAUAGUGGAUAUAGUGAUUGCCACACCUGGACGAUUAAUAAAUCAUAUAUUAAAAACAUCAGGAUUUUCAUUGGAUGAUCUUAGAUUUCUUGUUAUUGAUGAAGCAGAUAAAGCUGUAGAUUGGUUAGAAUAUCUUCCUGAACCUCAUUAUCGAACUCCACGAUUAACACUUUUCAACUUAUGUUCUAGUAAAAUUCCAGCUCAAAAAUUGCUAUUCAGUGCAACAUUAUCACAAGAUCCUGAAAAGCUUAGUCGCUUCGGACUUUUUCAACCAAUAUUAUUCACAUCUGUUUUGGUGACAGGCAAAGAUGAUAAUGUAAAUUUAGAUAAAGAAGUGGGUAAUUUUAUUGGCCGUUAUACAAGCCCUGAAGAAUUAAAAGAAGAAGCAGUAGAAUGCGAAGCAGAAUAUAAACCAGUAGCUUUAUAUCAGCUAAUAAUCAGAAAUAGUAUAAUUUCCAAAAUAUUAGUAUUUACAAAUUCUGGGAAAACUGCUCAUAGAUUAACUAUUUUGCUUCAGUCAUUUUUAUCUAAAAAAGAUAUAGUAGUCGGAGAACUUUCUGCACAAUUCGCUUCAAAGGACCGUGAGGAUGUACUUACAAAAUUUAUAACUGAAAAAAUUCAAAUACUCGUAUGUUCAGAUGCAUUAGCAAGAGGUGUUGAUAUUCCAAAUGUACGAUUAGUAAUAUCUUAUGAUCUUCCUAAACAUAUUAAUGGUUAUAUUCAUAGAGCAGGAAGAACAGGACGUGCAGAUGAUAAGCAAAUUGUAUAAUGAAAUGAAAGAUUACGCAAUGAAAUACACAAUUUAAAAAAAAUAAAACAGGAGCUAGGAUCAAAGAUUCUAUAUUGUGAGGCCAUAUUUGUGGAAUUCAUUAUGAAUAAAAUAAAAUUCCGUAAUAUUUUAAAAAAUAUAAAAAUUUAGGUAGAGAAAUUGCAAAUGCUAGUGAUCUAUUAUUUUCAACAAUAUGAUCAACAUAAUGAUCUAAAACAUUCUUUUCAUGUUUAUAAUAUAUAUAUAAUGUACUCAAGUUAUUAAAAGCACCAAUAUAGUCACUAGAUCUUAAUGUUACUAAAAUAUUUGUGGAAAGAAUUCAAGAUUAAUU